CGAUACGAUAUAUUCACUCUCUCAGUCUCUGUCUCUGGUGUGCAUAUCAUAUACAUAUUUAUAUUUCAUACGUAGUAGCAAAGCAGGCAGAGAGGGAGAAGAAAGCAAUGGGCGACGCGUUGUUCGAUCUUGAACAAGUUCUGAUUACCAAAAGGGGUAAGUUGUCAAUUGAAGAGGCGCGUGUUAUCCCGUCAUGCAAAUCUAAUGCUGUCAGGGAUCUCACUGUUGGUGCCCUUGCUGGGGGUACUGCCGUAUGGGCAGCAACUUGGAAACUCAGUAAACCAUUUCGAAUCAACCUUUCAGCAGGAGCUGGUGUUUUCUUUGGGCUUUGGAUGUUGGAAAGAUCCCUGUAUUCUUGCGUAGAUCAUAUUCUUACACUGGAUGGCACUAUAUUACAGAAGGAGUUAGCAAAUAUAAUGGUGACGAAGUACCACGAUAAGCCUUCAGUAAUGCAGCUUAUAUCUAAGCAUUUCUAUUCAGAGAGGCUUUUUGAUGAUUCAACCUCUAAUACUCCUAAAUUUAGAUGGAGAUACCGGAACUUCUAUAGCGACAAUGUAGUGCAUGGUCAAACGACACAUGAUCCUGACUCUUAUGAUAAAUCCCAAGGUGACUCUCACAAUGAUUCCUAUGAAAAAUCCCAAGGAGACUCUCUCAAUGAUUCCUCUGGUAAAUCCAAAAGCAAGUCUGAAAAUGUCACUGGCAGCAAAAAAUCAAAUCUUGAGACUAAGCAAAUUUUUACAAAACCUGGCACUGAUAUAAUGUCUGAGGUAGACCCUCUUGACUGUCUUUUUGGCUAUGGUGGUGCACCAGUGGAGGAGAUCCGUGGUCCUAAUACCUCGAAUAAACAAUCAGGAACACAUAAUCGAGGCCAUAGAAGAUUACACCGUAGGCGUCGGAUGCGUAAUCACAAUGACCUCUCAAACUCAGAGCAACUGUGAUAUGGUUUCGAUUUGGUCCUUCUCUUCAAACAGGGUUGCACAAAGGAGGAGUGAUCUGACCCAUGAUGAUUGAUGAAGUGAUUUGGGCUAAACAUUUGCUUGCUGAUCGCAUGCCAUUUGUAUUUCGUUUUUUACAUUAGUUUCAAAUGCACAAUAAAAUCACAAUGAACAAAGAACUUAUAAGUUUAAUCUCAAAUCAUGUGUGAAUUUUUUGUUUCA